AUGGGCUCCCUCAAGCUGUUUGUGAAGGCGGUGCGGAAAGCAAAGACCAUUGCCGAUGAAAGAACAGUCAUCCGCAAAGAAAGUGCUGCCAUCCGUACCUCCUUUCGUGAUCCCAACUUAGAUCAAACCACCCGUAGAGUCGACAUCUCUAAACUUCUCUAUCUUUACAUCUUAGGAGAGAAAACACAUUUCGGCCAGGUGGAAUGUCUCAAGUUGUUGGUGCUGCCUCGCUUUGCAGACAAGAGAUUGGGAUACUUGGCUGCAAUGUUGUUGUUGGACGAAAACCAGGAAGUGUUGACACUUUUGACCAAUUCUUUGGACAAUGACAUGAAACACCACAACAAGUUCAUUGCGGCACUCGCAUUGAACUGUUUGGGCAACUUGGCGUCGCCGGAGUUGGCCCGUGAUUUGUAUGCUAAUGUAGAGGAGAUCUUGAAGCUGUCGAAUUCCGUGUACUUGAAGAAAAGAGCAUGCGUGGUUGCCGCUAAGCUCACCGAGAAGGAGCCCGAUUUGGGCGAUGUGUUUGCGCCAAUGAUUCCUACGCUUUUGGAGGACAAAUCUCCGCUGAUACUAUCAGGAACCUGCCAUAUGAUCCAGGCCGUAUACAACUACUGUCCCUCAUUUCAACCCGACAUGGUAAAGCUUAUUCCUAAACUCAUUGCUCACUUCAAAAGAAUUAUCUCUACUGGCUACUUGCCUGACUACGAUGUCAAUGGUGUCACAGACCCCUUCUUGAAAGUGACCCUCCUCACAACCCUUAGAACCUUAGCUGUAAACGCCAAUUGUACUGCGGAUGACCAGGAGCAGCUUAAUGACAUCUUGACCCAGGUCGUUUCAAACCAUGACAGUGGCAAAAACGCUGCUCAUGCUGUCUUGUAUGAGUGUGUCAAGACCAUUUUCGCUGUAAACUCAGACCAAUCCUUGAGAGUGUUGGGAGUCAACAUUUUGGGUAAAUUUCUACCAAUCAAGGAUAACAACACGCGUUAUGUCGCUCUAGAGAUGUUGUUGACAGUAAUUGACCACGAACCCUUGGCCGUUCAGAGAAAUAGAGCCACGAUCAUCAGCUGUUUGGCUGAUGGUGACAUUUCAAUUAGAAGAAGGGCAUUGGAGCUUGCAUUUGCCAUUAUCAAUGAGCAGAAUAUCCGUGUUCUUCUCAGAGAAAUCUUGAGUUUCCUUGGCUCGUGUCCGGAUGUGGAACUCAAGCCAUACAUCACAUCGCAAUUGACCAUUUGCGCAGCUAAAUACGCGCCGAACGAAAAAUGGCACUUUGAUACCUUAACACGCAUGUUGAAACUCUCUGAUAACCAUGUCACUCCUGAUAUUUUGUCGAGCAUUUUGGCCUUGAUUAUGAGAUGCCAAGACGCUGAAUUGAAGAAGCAUGUUAUUUCAAACCUAGUCCAGGCUGGCUUAGAAGAUCCCGCUCAGUACGGCCUAGCUCUCGUUACAGUUUGGUCCGUUGGCGAGUAUGCCGAUCUAAUCUUAGGAAGCAACAUUGAGAUUGAUGGACAGCCAGUGGCGGUUGAUGAGAACUUGUUAUUGCACUUAUUUGAUCUCUUCUCGAACAAUCCAAACUAUUCGGAACAAGAAUCGACACAAAUUUUGCUCUACAUGUUGACUGCGGCAUUGAAGUUGUCCGCUAAAAUGCACACUGCAUCUGCCAUCGAGCAAUUGAGGGCAUUUAUUAACCUGAAAAGCACUGAUAAUAAUCUCGAGGUGCAAACACGGGCUCUCGAAUACAAGCAGUUAUUUAUGCAACACGAAUCUUCCAAACAAGGCUUGUUGGCUAGAAUGCCUGCUCCUCCAAUAAAAGAGCGCGAAGGCCUCAGUUUGCAAGGCAAGGCUAAGGUCGCUCCACCCUCAGCCUCCACUAGUCACUCGACAACCGAAGACCUUCUCAAUCUUCUCGAUGAUGAUGUCCCCUCUCAACCCCAAAGUGCUACACAACAGAACAACAAUGACCUUUUGUCGGACAUUUUCGGUGGCUUGUCGACCAAGGAUACGAAAAAUACCAAUACUAUGCCUGCUACACAAGAUCUCUCCUCAAAUGGAAUUGAAGGUUUCAAAAACAGCCACCUUCGCGUGGCGUUCAUUCCAAAGCAAUUCGGAAACGGUGAGGCUACAGCAGAUGUUGAAAUUACGGCGGUAGACCAUGGCGUAAGUAUCGACCGUGUUCAGAUUCUUAUCGCUGUUCCCAAAUCUCAGAAGUUGACAAUCACUACAACAUCGGGAUCAGAUUCAUUGGUGACGAGCAAUGUCAUUAGACAGAGCUUGAAAGUUGUAGGUGCCGCUGGAUCCAAAUUGAAGUUGAGAGUCAAAUUGAAGUACAACGCAAACCAAAGUGAACACACCGACCAGUUUGACUUUGCCAAAUUUACAAGUACGUUGUAA